GGUCUAAUCCGGAGCUGGUUAGCCCGAUUAGCCGUGGCUCGCGAACCGGACUAGCUGUGUUAACGGGGUUAGCUCAUCGUGCUAACUCGACCCGGUUCGGGUCUGGACCGGAUCUGCCUUAGUCCAAAAAUCACCUGCUCUUUCCUUUUCCUGGCCGAUGGAAAACGCGGUGACAUAAAGUACAGGUGUGCUUUGCUUGGUGUGAGCCUGAGAGCCUGGUGCGCUCAGGCUCCUGACUGAAGGAGGGACGACGGUCUCUGCAGGGAGGAAACUAACAACGCUAGGCUGACCGCGGCCUGCUGCUCCGUAGGCAGGUGCACGAGACGGUCUGCGGCUGCGCACAGGCGUCCAUUAGGAAGGCUCUGUCUGUCUGUACCUGCAGGAGAGGACUCAGACCAAUCGGGCAGGUUCCUUCUCAGGAAUCAGAGCCCCAACUCCUCUCAGCAGAUUUCCUGCAGUUCAAAGGUCACUUCCUCCUGCAGUCAUGGCACUGAUCUCUCUGGAAGACCUCGAUGGAUUGGACGACGAGCAGCUGGACGAUGAAGCCACUGACAACCCUGAGCCAAUGGGUGAAGAGGAGUCAGAGCAGCUGAUGAGUCACUGGCGGGCCGUGGCCAGCACGCACCAGGUGUCGGUUCCUCCAGAAAUGAGAGGACCCAUUCAGGAAAUGACCCGCAACAGCCAGCAGAGGGAGCCCCUCCCCUUCACUCCCAUCUCACGUCAUGAGAAGAUGGGGGAGGUGCAGUAUGAGGAGCGCCUCUACCCGGCAGGUCACUGGGCGUGCGUGACACGAGGAGAAGACCUGUAUGAGCAGAGCAUCUCCAUGGCCUUCAUGAAGCUGAUGCGCUUCAUUUGUAAGGAGAAUUCUGCAGGUAGAUACCUAGGUAUGACUGUACCUGUCAUCAGUUACAUCCGCAUGGCGAAGGAUGGGAAGAUGUUUGAGAAGGACGUGGAGACAGCGUUUUUCCUGCCCGCUGACCUCCAGCACUGCCCACCCCAAUCUUUCGACCCUGACAUCAGCAUCGUCUACAGACAACCAAUCAGAGUGGUCACCAGGCCGUUCUUUGGGACAACCACUGAGGAGACGGUGGGCCGGCAGAUCCUGAUGCUCUGGGAGAUUCUCGGUGCGACUGAUGAGCUGUGCAGCGACCGGUACGCCGUUGCCGUGUACGAGAACCCAGGUGUGCCACAGCGCAGGAACGAGCUCUGGUUUAUCAGGCGUGACCUUUAGGCUCCUCCCAUCACGCACUAAUUCAGCAUGCCCACUCACUGCUUCCUGUCAAACUGAUCAAUCAGAGCAGUUUUACAACUGUUAGCACGACACUAAGCCCCACCCCUUCCAUUAGCGCCCACUUCAUAGGUCUCUUCUGAUUGGCUGAAACAAGGUGAUGAUGUCAUAAGGGCUGAUUCUGAUUGUUCACGCGUUUUACUAACAUCAUGAUAGUGUUUAUUUAGAGACAAAACAGAGGAUCCGCCUACAUGCACAUCACAUCACUUCCAGCAACGUAGUCCUCAUCAGUGAUGUAAUCAUAGCCACCGCGGCGUCCAUUUGUGUGUCUCUAAAUUUCUGCAGAACAGGAAGUGACACGGUGUCAUUACCGUAAGCUUCCAGCUUUCAGUUUGUAGUUCGAGCGUAUCAACCAAUCAGCUGUGAGCAGGGGGGCAGUGUUAACCAAUGAAAGUGAAGCAGCAGUGUGACAUCAUCACCGUGAAGCGUAAUUUUAAGGUGCCGUCACGAUUUGUGGGCUCCCUGUUACCAUGGAAAGAACCCAAGUCAGCAUCAGUAGUUUGUGUGAUCGAGUUAUUGAUCGUUGACUCAGGUGAGCCUGACGCCUGUAAUGCGGUUGAGUCCUGCGCUGAGUUCAAAGUUCAGAUCAUUCCUUAAAUGGUGUGUCACAUGAUUCCUUCCUGGUGGCUGCUGUGCGGUUCCUCGGAGUACUGAUGUCACCGACCAGAUGAAGGUUUUGAAUAUUGUCUUGAUUUUCUGAUUUUUGUUGUGAUGUGUGUAAAAAAUCCUGAAAUAAAAUGUUUGCUUUAAAUAAAGUUUGAAGUGUUUUCUGA